AUGAGUAGACGCGUACUCGUACCGAGGUACCGGUCGGGAUGUGAGGGUGCGAGCGCUCGCACUCGAGAGCCGCCCGUGGAGACGCGACGACACCGCGUAGGCUUAUUGGUAAUGGUUAAUUAUAAUAAUUAUUAUCGUAGCAAACUUUUCCAAAACGAACGAACUCGAAACUCGGGCUGCGCGCCAGCGCUCAGCCUACCUCGCAUACAAGCGUUCGUGAAACUCCACCGCGUGACUUCGGCGUCGGACGGUAGCGUA